AUGGAAUUCACUCCAAGACGUAUACUAGACAAUGCGCUCGACGCCGUAGGCAACACGCCGGUUAUCCGUCUCGACAAGAUAGCCGCAGAACAGGGCCUCAAGUGUAAUCUCCUGGGCAAAUUGGAAUUUGUCUCUGCAGGCGGUUCCGUCAAGGACAGAAUCGCAAAGGCGAUGGUCCUGGCCGCAGAGAAGGAGGGUAAACUUAUUCCCGGGAAGAGCGUCGUCAUCGAGCCUACGUCUGGGAAUACCGGAAUUGGACUUGCGAUGGCGUGCGCGAUCAAGGGAUACUCCGUCGUGAUUACCAUGCCUCAGAAAAUGUCGCUUGAGAAAGAGGCAUUAUUAAGGGCGCUCGGCGCACAGGUUAUCCGCACGCCUGAUGAAGAGCCUUGGGAUUCACCCAGGAGCCAUAUAGGUGUGGCGUGCAAGCUUCAGCGAGAGAUUGAACAUGGGAUCAUAUUGGACCAGUAUCGGAAUGUGAACAACCCGCUUGCUCAUGAGUAUACUACCGGACCAGAGAUCAUCGCCUCAGUCGUCUCAACCCCAUCUACGCAUACAAGACCCUCCUCAAUGAAAGUCGACGCAUUUGUCGCUGGUGCUGGUACUGGCGGCACCAUCACAGGCGUCUCACGCGCACUCAAGAAGACGCAUAACGCAGACUGCAUCGUGGUCGGAGUCGACCCAAUCGGUAGCAUCCUUGCACUCCCGAAUAGUCUGAACAUCAGUGGGCAAGGAGCCCCAUACGUUGUGGAGGGCAUAGGUUAUGAUUUUGUUCCUGAUGUUCUUUCUCGGGAAGAGCCGGAUGUGAAUCAUUGGGUGAAGACAUCUGAUGAAGAUGCAUUCAAGGCUGUGCAGGCUCUUAUGAGGAAAGAGGGCUUGCUUGUUGGUGGGAGCAGUGGAAGUGCCCUUGGCGGUGCUUUGGCUUGGCUGAAGACGGAACAGGGGCGGAUAAUCGCUGGGACAGAGGGCUUGAAUGUUGUUGUGCUCCUUCCGGACGGCAUUCGGAAUUAUAUGAGCAAGGAGUGGUUUUUGAAGAAUGCAUUCCAGACGGAAUAUUCAGACCUCGCCACGCGGAUUUCUGGCAUUUUGGCUGAAGAGAAGAUAAUGCCUGUCCAGACAGCUAAUCUCUAG